AUGAAGCCACCGUCUUCUCGCCAAGGCAGAGGUCGUUGUUCAUUUUCCACCACAGCCACUCUCACUUCUUAUAAAUUCCAAAAUGAGCACUCCACCGCCGAAUCAACUGUCAAAACUAUCCGAAUUCCCGUAACAUCGCCCACCGCCACCGCUUCCGGUGGAGUUGAUGAUCAUGCCUCCUCACCUCCGCCGCCGCCGCAGCAGCAAUCACCGCUACCUCCAUCAUUUUCCCGAGGCAAAACUGCUGCUCUGAGGAUACAGUCAGCUUAUCGGUCUUACGUGGUGCGAAGGCUUGUGAAGAAAAUGUCUGCGGUUAACUCUGAAGCCAAUAAUUGGCAAAGGCUCAUUCAGCGCCAGGAAACUGUUGAUGCUGUGCGGAGCAGUGAGCGUGAGAGGAUUAGGAUCAACGAAGCCUUGAUGGAGUUAUUGUUUAGGUUGGAUUCAGUGCCUGGAAUUGAUCCCACAGUGAGGGAACUUAGGAGGCACUUGAGUCGGAGGAUCGUGGGUUUGCAAGAGAUUCUUGAUUCCGUUUCAGAUGCCAGGAUUGAGAAUUGGGAUGGAUUCUUAAGGGAUUGGGACGAUGCCAUUGCAUGGAUGGAAAAAGAUGUUUGCCGAGCUAGAGGAGGCAAUGGCCAUGAGCUGGAGAAAUUUUGCGCCGAGCAUCUUGGAUUUCAUUGCCUACAAAGGUUUCUUCGCGUUCAAUGA